AUGACCAGAAGGCAUAGAUCGCCACCCCGUGGCUUUUUCCUGGUCGCGUUACUCGCCGCACUGGCCCCUCUUCACUGCCACCUCCUGAUUACUAGCCAAUCUGCCUCCCAAGCGCUAAACCCUCCACUAUCGCCUAUCCUGUCUUCGAUUCGUCGCGUGGUGCGAUUGCAAGCCACGCCCGAUCAAGUCAGAUUGCCAGACCUGUCCCAGACGGCCUUCCCCGAGAAGGAAGACGACACGCCCUACGAUUUGAUCGUACUGGGUUCGGGUCCUGCGGGGGAAACAGCGGGAUGCAAAGCCGCGCAGCUCGGUCAGAAAGUCGCCAUCAUUGAAAUCAAGAAGGCAUUCGGCGGGCCCACGGGCUUAACCUCGAAAGCAGUCCGAGAGGCGGCCAAGCGGAUCCUGAAAACCGUCGAUCAGGUGGGGGGUGACCGCAUGAAACAAAUUCGACGUCUCUGGAAGAAGCGUUUCCCGGCCCUAAAGUCGGAGGCGGAGGUGUACCAGGCUGCCGAAACGCGAGACCGGUUGGUCAAGAAUGAUUGCCAUUUGUACAUCGGCUCCGCCCUCCUCGUGAAGGACAGCUGGGAUCCGGACAACGAGGACCACGUCACAGUCAGGGUGUGUCGGCCCACGGGCUGCGUCGAGCUCCGGUCGCGCUACUUGGUCAUCGCCACGGGCUCGCGGCCAUCUCGGCCCAAGGAACUCCGUCCCGGCGUCCCCAUCCCCUACACCUCGAGGCUCGUGAUCGACGCCACCCAGAUCGCCAACCUGAAGGAGCUUCCGGACUCCCUGGCCGUCAUCGGCGGGGGGGUCAUCUCCGUCGAGUACGCCACUGUCUUCGCCGCCAUGGGCCUUCCCACCUCCCUUCUCUGCCGCGAGGAGGCCUUCCUCCCCUUCCUACCCACGGAGCUCCAGACCGCCAUCAAGGCGGACAUGGCCCGCAACGGGAUCGAGGUCAUUCAUAACCCGGUCAGUCGGUUCGAGGUGGGCGAGGACAAGAUGGUGCGCUUUGAGUUCGAGGGGCUCCGGGGCGGGGAGGGCGGCCCAGUGGAGGAAGACGACGGGGGCCGGCGGCAGUUGGAGGUGGGCCUGGUCCUCUACAGCGGCGGGAGGGAUGCGAACAGCGAGAAGAUCGGGUGCGAGGAGGUGGGGGUGGAGGUGGGGAAGUACGGGCGGAUCGUGGUGGACAAGGACUUCAGGACGGGGAAUCCGCGCGUAUUCGCCAUCGGGGACGUGAU